AUGGCCGCCGCGCAGUUGGAUACCAGUUGGAUGUGGCAUCCAUCCUUCACCGAGGAUCGCAUAGACACAGCUGGGCUUUUCGUACACUUCAGGCGAGAUAUCUUGCUAGACAGUACUCCACCAGAAUCUUUCAAGAUUCGCCUAACGGCGGAUACACGCUAUAAGCUUUAUGUGAAUUGCCAGCUGGCGGCCUUUGGACCAGUCAAAGGUGAUCGCAGCCUGUGGUUUUAUGAUGAAGUUGACCUCGCACCUUACCUGCGCGUCGGGUGGAAUAGGAUUGGAAUCCAUGUGCUGCGCUUCUUCUACGCCACUCCCUUUGCAACUAGCUUCCCCCGAAUGCCCUCUGGCGGCGUCAACAUUGCUCCUGUCAAACCAGGAGAGUCUUGGGUCUCUAAGAUCCAGAGCAGCGUCCUGUGGGAGACUGCUAUUGACCCAUGCACGGUGCUCCGAAUCGAUGAGCCUGAAGACGAAUUUCUGCACAUCUAUGAAAAGACCAAUAGGGCAUCUGACCAGAAAUGGGAGUGGGUGCCUGCGAAGGUGUUAGAAUACCAAAAUUCCACUGGUGUCAUAGCACCGUGGAAACUAUCUCCAAGGCUUAUACCACCUAUGAAAAGUCAAAAGAGCCAGUUCAUUGCAAUCCACAACGUUCAAAGCUGCUUACCGGAUCACGUCUGGAAGGAAAAGCUCACCUCAUCUAGUGACUGCAUUGAAGGACUGCACCUUCCAGCCAGAACGAUACACCAGCUAGACAUUGAAGCGCCAUACCACAUGACGGCAUUCCUCCGCUUCCGCUUCCGACGUCCGCAAGCCGGUGGAAGCACCGUCAUGGUAACUUACGCGGAAUGUUAUGAGGAUACCCCAACGCUCGUACCAUAUUUAAGACAGAAGAGCAACCGCUGUGAUACCAGGAAGUCUCUACUCGGACCCAAGGACAUGUAUGUUUUGGGAGGGCAGGCUGAUACUAGCCGACUUGGAUACUGUGAGAAUGAGGAUCUGGACGAGACCAUUAUUCCAUUUCAUUUUCGUACGUUCCGCUUUAUUCAGAUACGCAUUGAAGUUGGCUCGGGAUUGGUCUUGGAAGAAUUGGAAGCCAUGAGGGUGAACUAUCCCCUUGACAUUCUCGCAGGCCUCAAGGUAGAGGCAAAGGAUGGCGGGACUGCAGAGAGACUAUGGGAGACAAGCAUCCGAACUCUUGAGAACUGUAUGCAUGAUUGCUAUGAAGACUGUCCUUUCUACGAGCAGCUGCAAUACGCUAUGGACACUCGAAGCUCAGCUCUCUUCACAUACUAUAUCUCCGGAGACGAUCGACUGGCGAAACAAGCAAUAAUCCAACUCCACAACUCUUUCCAGGCAAGCUUGGGCCUGACUGCAAGCCGUGCGCCGUCACACAUGCACCAAAUUAUCCCCCAUUUCUCGUUAUAUUGGAUCUGCAUGUUGGCAGAUCACUUGACUUUCUUCAACAAUGAGGCCUUUCUCCGUCCACUUCUAUCCGUGGUCGAUGCUGUUCUAACAUUUUUUGAUUCCCGCGUUGAUCCUCUCACGGAUUUGGUGGCUUUACCGGACGAAUUGGGAGUCUGGCAUUUUCACGAUUGGACAGAACAGUGGCGCCCGUACGGCGUUCCUCCGGCGACAAUCCCCACCGGAAUCUCCACCUACUCCAACAAUCUCUACGCGUAUACCCUCAAGUUAGCUGCCCACGUACAACUUACGUGCGCUGGAAGGUCCGCACUAGCCGAAGAAUAUAUGUGCAGGGCUAAUCGCAUCAUAGAUGCCGUGCGACUGCGGUGUUUCGAUGGCAAUUUCUUUACUGACAGUCUAGCCGCCAAUUCGGAUCCUAACCGUGAUCGUAGCCAGCAUAAUCAGGUCUGGGCAGUCCUUAGUGGCGCAUUGGCUGGAAAGAACGCACAACAACUCCUCCGUCGAAGUUUUGAUUCCCCAGCCGCAGAAUCCCUCGUCCAAACAUCUAUAUCCAUGUCUUUCUAUACGCUACGAGCACUGAGUAUGGUCGGUGGUGGGUUAUACGAAGAACUGUUUCCAAAGUUCUGGGAGCCAUGGAGUUCUCAGCUGGCACUAGGAUUGACCACAUGGGAGGAGGAUAGUGUCUCCCAGCGCUCCGAUUGUCAUGCAUGGGGCAGCGCACCAAUCUAUGAGUAUAUGGCCGAGGUCAUUGGUGUUCAACCGGCGAAACCUGGUUGGGAAGCCAUUACAUUCAAGCCCAGACUUAGUCUCUAUCCUAAGAUUCAAGCUAAUGUGCCGUUCCGUAAUCACGAUGGCACGAGUCUUGCCAGAGUAUCCUGGGAGCCUACCUCUCCCGAUACCGUGAAGGUUUCUUUGAAGCUGAUCGGCUUGAAAUCCACAAUUCUUGUUCGUGUCAAGCUACCAUCACAACCAGAAAUGCUCUUGAACAGCACAGAUGAGCUGACUUUCACUGUUCAGCAGACACAAUAA